GCAUUGGAAAUUGAGCGUCUGUUCUCGUUUGAUGUAGGAAUCUGAUUGUUGACAUCGCGUUUUGAUUAUUGUGCAAAAUGGAAGUGGAUCCAAGUAGUUCCCCAAAUAACAUCGAUGAAAGUACAACAGAUGAAAAUCCUGGAGAAAAUUCGAACUCGGGUUCAACCGAACAAGUUACUGAAAGUGGCACCUCUGAGUAUUCCGAACUAUGGAUGGAUUUCAAAUGUGUGUUUUGCAAUCAAGACUUAAAAAGUAUUGCCCACCCUAAACUAUUGCCAUGCCUUCACACUGCAUGUGAUUCUUGUUUAAUUUCUGAAUCUAAUGGGGAAUCUGGAGCAUCGUCUUCGGCGGGAAACAGACAGCUUAACUGUGCUGCAUGUAAUCAAGAUAUUAAUUCAGAAGAAACUGUUGAUCAUUUAUUUCUUACUGAAUAUGUACAGAACUCUGAGGCACAACCCGAGGAGAGUAGUUAUCCUUGCACAAGCUGUGAGGAAGGUGCUGAAGGAUCAGCAUUUUGUCAGAACUGUCAGGAAUGGCUUUGUGAUACAUGUGUUAAUGCUCACCAUAGGGUUCGGGUGACAAAAGACCAUGUUGUGCGCCCUAAAGAUGAAAUGGAAGGUGAAACUGCUGCAUUAAGAAAUCAAAAGUAUCUCAUCUGUCCUAUACAUUCCCCAGAACAACUAAAACUUUAUUGUGAAACCUGUGAUAAAUUAACAUGUAGAGACUGUCAACUUUCUGAUCAUAAAGAACACAAAUAUCAGUUUCUAGCAAAAGCAUGUGAAGAAGAAAAGGGAAACAUAACAGAACUUUUAACACAAAUAAAAGAAAAGCAAGGACACAUUGAAAAUGCAAGCAACAACUUAAACAGAAGGCAUGAAGAAAUUGAAGACCGUGAAAAAGUGGUUACUCAAGAAAUAAAAACAUUUUCUGUUAAGUUUAUUACGGACAUUAACAAAAGAGGUAAAGCUUUGCUACAAGAAUUAAACAAAGUUUGCUCAGAGAAGAAAAACCAGUUGAAUUUUAAAAAUAAAGAACUGAGAACUAUAGCAGAGCGAUUAAAGCAUUGCCAAAAGUUUGCCCAUGCUGCUGUAACUCUUGGAAGUGAAACAGCACUUGUAUAUAGCAAAAAACCAAUAAUGAAUCAGUUACGGCGCAUUUUGAGGCAUCGAUGUGAAGUACCAAACCCUAACCAUAUGGUGGAUAUUCAGUUUAAUUAUGAAACAAGCUUUUUAACUCAAUAUAUUAGCAGCUUGGGACAGAUAUUAGUAGAUUCACAUCCUCUUCCAGGAUCCUCAGCUAAUCAAAAUGCCAUGUUGCCUAUGCCGCAAAAUAUGUCUCAGAGUCCAAUACCAUCUACACCUACACCUCCUAUGAGACAAGUUUCACACGUUCAAAUGAAUCCUCAACGUAAUGUUCCCAUUCCUGUUCAACAAAUGAAUCAGCAGCUAGGCCCUUAUGGUCAACCUCAAGUGACUUCUUCUACUGAUUUAGCUAGGACUCCUAAUAAUCCUCAAAUGAGGCAGGUGCUUACAAAUAGCAAGAUGGUCAAUUACAAUCAAAAUCACAUGCAGCCACGAGCUCGUGUUCAACAAUCUCCACAGGCUAACUAUACCAUGCAAGCAAAUCAAGGUUACACUCCAAGACAUGUAAUGCACCAACAACAACCUCAAGCCCAAAUUCGACAACACCCACAAGUGCAACAACAGCAACAACAACAGCAGCAACAACAAGUAUCAAUGCAACGAGUACAAGAACGGCAACAAGUUCAAGUACAACAAGUUCAAGUGCAACAGCAAAAUUACACUCAACAAAAUACCCCAAAUCAGUUGCCAAUGCCCUUAAGACAAAACAAAAGUAUUUCUGUAACAGCACUUCCUUCACCAUCUGGGCCAUCUCCUUCCAAACAAAGGGCUAUUGCACCUCGAGCCUCCAUGAACAUAAGUACAAUGAAUAAUCAGAACAAUUUGCAGCACAUAAAUAGUACUCAAGCUAGUCCUCAUAGGCCUCAAGGGCCUCAAGUUAUUGUUAUAGAUGAUCAACCAAAUCAGAAGACUCCAAAUAUGUCGAAUACUUCCAGACUUUCACAUUUUCCUAGUAGCAUAGCAGCUACAAUUGCUGCAAAUCCACAGUUACAAAUUCAGCCAGCAAAUUAUAACAAUUCAAGACAUGGAAGAGGAAACUCAUAAUGUGAUGUGUGUGUGUGCUUCAGUGCUGCAUCAUUCAUUUUUAAUCCUAGAAGUUAGAAAAUUAAUUUUGUAAAACUUCAUGCAAAAAACAUUUGCUUUCAUCAUUUAAAUUUAAACAUCAGCAACAUUAUAUGUUUUGAAUAAUUCUACUUCUAGGAUUCAUUUUAAACAAAUGAUUUUUUUUUUCUUUUAAUGUGUUGUGAUGGGAAAAUUUUAAGUAUAGAUUGAUAAAUCAUAUGCAGUACUGGUGUUUUACAUGGAAGCAUAAAUACCUUGAUGUUGUGUUUGCAGUGUUAUGUAUGAAAACAUUGGAAUUUGAGGAUGAUUGUGUGUAAACUUUAAUAUUUUGUUAAUUUUACAACUCAUAUAUAAAUUGCUCAGAAGCAAUAAGGUCCAGAAAACAAAAAUUGAGUUUUUUUUUUUUUGUGUAUUUACUGUACAAUAUAUUUAGUAAUAGUAAGAAAGGGAAAAAGAAGAGCCGGUAACCUAGCAAAGACAAAGCAAUGUUGAGUUAAUACUUUAAUAACUAAGAAGUUUAUUAUUUAUUCAGUUAAAGUUUUAAAAAAAUGGAAGAAAGAAAAAAAAAGUAGUCUUAACCACCCAUUGACUUUUGGGUAGACUGACACUUUUAUAUUAUCAUAAAAGAAUACUAGUUUUUAUUCUUUGUUUUCCCUGUAUUUUCCUGUGUAUUUAGUUUUUGCUUAUUUUUUCCAAGUACUACAUAUAAUUUAUUCCUUCAAAGUAAAGUAGGCAUUGAAUUCAACUUAAAAUUGUCAUGCUGUCAUUAUGGCAGAAAUUGGUUUGGUCCUUUUAGCUAUAAAUACCUUGUACUUUCAUUAUGUAACUAUUACCUAACUUUAAAGAAUGUCAUGUAAUUUUUUCCCAUCAUUCUUAUAUUUUAUACAUCGUUAAUGUAUAUUUUUGAAUUCAGAAUAUUUUAUCGUAGUUAGUAUCAGUCUUUGUCUUUUCUUUUUCAUUCAACCCAAAUGAAACAUUGUAUCUUUAAAAAAUGAAA